UAAUUCAAAACUUUCAAAUUACAGGAGAUAGUUAUUUCAGAUGAGCCAUUUCCCGCAAAAAAUUGUGUAUCGCCGUCAGAGAUCACAGAUAAUGCCGUUUCCGUCUCCUUCUUCGUCUCCGUUGACUGAUGAUUUCCUAUUCAAGCUUAAAAAUCUAGCAUCUCGCCACGAGAAGAUGAAGAUCGCGUAUCACGAGCUCAAGUCUCAGAUCAACACCGGUUUGCUCGAAGCAGAGGACGUUUUUGCGUCUUUAGCGAUUCCGUUGAUGAAACUCGUUGGUCUGAAGACCAUGGAAAUGGCAGAAGAAGGACGAAUCUCUACUAUUAUUACCGAUAAUAGUUUGAAUCAUGGCAAUCGGAAAGACGGACUUGAACCGGAAACGCCAGCUACAGGGAAGCGAGACCAUCACAUUAAUGCACCUGAGGGAGAAAGUUAUGUAACUAAAGCCGCCGUAGCUGGAAAAGAGCUAAUGGUGAAGCAACAAACGAACUUAUUACAGCUAGUGCACUUGCUCAGGCAAAUCGAAACCCAAGUUAAUUCUCGUCAAGAUGACAUCCUUGCAACCCUUGGAAACCACCGUGCUGUCCUUCACAAGUUCUUCCAGAAGGCUGUUCAUUAUAUAUCAACUCUUCAUGGUCAAAACAAUGACUUUUUUAUGACUACUUUGAAGCUCCUUCAAGUUAUAUUCAACAAUGUAAAUACAGUCCUUGUCUCAGUGGAAGGUGGUGUUGAGGAUUUAGUUCAUGAAUUAGCAGAAAAGAUGUGUAAUCCAAUGAUGAAGUAUGUUAAGGGACUAAAGGAUGAUAUGGCGAAUGGAACAUGUAUGCGUUUGGUUGCUAUUGUAGAAGAGAUGGACAAGAUGAUGGUUGAUGAAAAACGUGAGUUAGAAGACGCAAGGAAGAAAGUUAGAGUGGCGGAAGAAGCGAAAAUUGAGGCAAUGUACAAACUGAAGGCGAUCGAAGAUAGGGUGAGGAAAAUGAAAGAACAACUUUCACUUCCAGAUACCCAAAGAGGGCUUAUGGAGAAUUAUACUCCACAUAAGUUGUUAGGGUUGGAGGAAGAGCAAGCAAAAGAAGAGAAGCUGUUAUGGACAUUAUUGAAGAAGAAAAGAAAAUAUGAAGCACCAGCAAGUCCCAUGGGACCUCAAGGGCUUUUCUGUUUUGACGCUAAUUAUAAAGCCUGUAAGGCAGCAGUUGCGAAUGGACCCUUGGAUCACAGGCGUCCUACAAGAUCUGCCACAAGACAACUUGUUCCACAAACUCCAUGCUUGAACAAUUGGAUUUCUUUGGGCUCAUCACCUUCUUUGGCAAUUCAACAAGCUAAAUCACGCAAGCGAGCCAUACCUUGAAUGCCUGAAUCCACUCUUCUAAUUUGUAAGUUUUACUAGAUUGUCGUUAAUACGUGCUACUUGUUUUUGCCAUGAAGCUGCAAAUAUGAUUAAAUACAUAUACCAUAGCUUAUUUUCAUUAUAACUAUUGGAAUAAAUUUGAUUAACUGCUGAUUUAAAAUUGGAUUGGUUUCUCUACUAUAA